ACAAUUUUUGUUUUUCUUUGGUUUGGAGGGAAAGUGGAUAAGAGAACCAUUUGCUCAGCCGGUUAAGGCAUAUGAAAAAUUGAAAAAUUGAAGCUUAAGGCAUAUGAAAAGUUGAGAAAUUAGACUAAAUAAAUAUUUUAACAGAAAUUGUCAACUGGCCUAUUACCUCAGCUGGUAGCUAACGACGCGAAGGUCGCAGGUUCGGGACCUUAUUAUUUUGUUUAUUUAUCUUGUUUUACUUUAUUAUUUUGUUUAUUAUCUUGUUUUAUUACUUCAUUACAUUUUCAUUGUCCUUCCGAAUCGAUUUUCUAGGAAAAUCCGUCUAUUUUCCCGGAAACCCAAUUCGAUUUUCCCUGAAAAAUUCAUGGGGAGGACUGGAUUGUUCGAUCUGGAAAGUCACUUCGCCUUCCAUGGUGCUUACCACAGCAACCGAGUUAAUAUUUUGAUCCACACACUGUUUGUGUGGCCGAUUUUCUUCACCUUUCUGGUUCUCUUCUACUUCACACCUUCUCUCUACAAUUUCCCGAAUGGUUUCUGUUUGAAUUUAGGGUUUGCUUUCACUGUAGUCUAUGCUGGGCUUUAUGUGUGCUUGGAUAAGAAAGCUGGGUCUGUUGCUGCUCUGCUCUGUGUUCUCUGCUGGGUUCAAUCCACCCUGCUCGCUAGCCGUCUUGGGUUUUCUCUGUCAUGGAAGGUUGUGUUGGCUGCUCAGUUGUUCUGUUGGACUGGACAGUUCAUAGGCCACGGGGUGUUCGAGAAACGAGCACCAGCUUUUUUGGACAACCGUGUUCAAGCAUUUCUAAUGACUCCUUUCUUUGUGCUGCUUGAGUGUCUUCAAUCGGUAUUCGGCUAUGAACCAUAUCAAGGGUUUCAUGCAAGUGUGGAAGAAAAGAUAGAAGCUCGGAUUAAGGAGUGGAGGGACAAGAAACAAAAGAAAAUCACCUAGCUUAGAUGGGCUAUAUCAGACUGUAAUCACUAAACUAGUACUGUUUAACCGUUUGUAAAGAAUGGGAUUAAUGUAUUAAUCUGUAAUCUCUAUCCGUACUUAACCAGUCUCUGGUUUUUCAA